AUGGUGCCAUUAUUGUUCGUGGAGAAGAAAACAGUUUUCUGCUCUGAGGCGGAGACAGCCGAGGGCAGCUGGCUGCGCUCGCUCUUCGUGCACAAGGUGGAUCCCCGCAAGGACGCGCACUCUAACCUCCUGGCCAAGAGGGAGACCAGCAGCCUCUACAAGAUCCAGUUUCACAACGUGAAGCCCGAGUGCCUGGAUGCCUACAACAGCCUGACGGAGGAGGCGCUGCCCAAGCUGCACGAGGACGCGGACUAUCCGUGCGCGCUGGUGGGCAGCUGGAACACCUGGUACGGCGAGCAGGACCAGGCGGGUGAGCCCGGA